GCUGUGAAGCCCCGCCCUUGGCAACGCUUCUCGUUUCCUUAGCAACGGACUGCUCUGCGGCCUAGACUGCCAGGAGUGGCAGCUUAAUUGUAGUAAUUAUCCAACUUGGGUAAAACAUCCAUUCUAAUUCUAAUUAAGAAAAAGAAAGUCAACACCAUCAUAUUCCAAGAUGCAGGAACCAGUUGCUGGAGACCCCAAAGGGAUUUCCCCUCCAAGUCGUAUGACUAUAAUGAACCCUGCAGCGAACCCCCGGCGAAUGCGGCGGCUUAUUGCAGAGGAUCCUGAGUGGAAUCUAGCCAUAGUACCACUUCUUACAGAACUCUGUAUCCAGCACAUAAUCAACAACUUUGAAAAGAAUCCUAUUUUGGAUCGUCUCCUUCCUGAACACCAAAAGAAGGUACUGGAGAAAGUCUCUACCAGUCUUCCCCUUACUGUGACUGCCAACCUGAUUAGUGAUGAAGGCUAUUGGAAACGGUGCUGCACACAGCGAUGGACAGUUUGUGAUGUGUCCCACUAUGGAAACAGCUGGAAACAGAUGUUUUUUGAACGUCACCUAGAGAACAUUCUGAAGUUCUAUAUUCCAGAUACCACAAGCCCUAACCAAGUCCUGGAUAUCAUCCCACUUUGCAAAGAAUAUGUGAGGAGACUAGAGAUUGACCAGUUUCUUCCGCCAGUGAAAUUGGACCAGAAGAAGGAAGACGAAGAAGCUUCUGAUACUGAAAGUGAUGCUGAAAUAGAUGAACCUUCAAUGGACCAUUUUGAUAUGAGCAUGCUCAUUCCAGCUCUCCCUCACUUAGAGGAACUCCACCUGUCAUAUGGUGUUAAAGAUUGUGGCAUGAAUUUUGAAUGGAAUCUAUUUGAGUUCACUUAUCGGGACUGCAGCUCACUGGCAAAUGCUCUGAAGAAGUGUCAAGCUCUGAAAGUGUUCAAACUGACCCGUAGUAAAGUGGAUGAUGAGAAAGCCCGGCUACUGAUCAAACAUCUAUUAGAUCAUCCCACGUUAAUAGAACUAGAUUUGUCCCACAACCUGAUUGCAGACCGUGGAGCACGAGCCGUCGGCAAGCUAAUCAACUGCAGCAAUCUGAUAACCCUGAACCUUUGUGACAACAGGAUCAGGGCCCAAGGAGCCCAGGCUAUUGCUCAUGCCCUGUCCAAGAACUCCACCCUGACAUGCUUAAAUAUGCGCCUCAACAGCAUCGAGGAUGAAGGCGGACAAGCAAUCUGCAAUGCCCUCCUGGUUAAUAGCACACUAACAACUCUUCACUUGGGUAGCAAUGAGUUGUCAGAGCCAACAGCCACACUUUUCUCUCAAGUCCUGGCUCAGAACCUAACACUGACGCACAUCAACCUUUCCUGCAACCACAUUGGGCUAGAUGGAGGAAAGCAGCUGCUGGAAGGCAUGUCUGAUAACACGACCGUGGUUGAAUUUGAUCUGAGGCUGGCAGAGGUGGGACAAGAGAGUGAAUACCUCAUAAACCAAACCAUAAAGACUAACCGGGAACAAGCCCGCCUCAAGGCUCUUCAUUCAACCUCCACCUAUGGCCCCUCUGCUCAUGAGGAAAAACAUCCUGAACCUGUUUAAUGUUUAUACCUUUUCUCUUCCUCUCUAGCUGCGCUUGAUUAAAUAUCUAUUUUUACUCUUAA